AUGAGGAAAUAUGGGUUCAGGCAGAGCAAUUCCGAUCAUACACUUUCCUUGAAACGUCGAAUGGGGAAAUUGACGACACUUAUCAUCUAUGUGGACGAUAUGAUUGUUAUGGGUGACGACAAAGAGGAAAUCUCAAAGCUCAAAGAUUACCUAGCAACUGAGUUCAAGAUGAAAGAUCUUGGUGGUUUGAAAUAUUUCUUGGGGAUAGAAGUAGCUCGAUCUAAACAAGGUAUAUUAGCUGAAACCAGAAUGCUUGAUUGUAAACUGGCUAACACCCCCAUGGUCCAAAAUCACCAUCUUGCCGUGCACCUUGAUCAAGUUCCCACUAAUAGAGAUCGUUAUCAAAGGUUAGUUGGGAGGUUAAUUUAUUUAUCUCGCACCAAGCCUGAUAUUGCAUACGCAGUAAGUGUUGUUAGUCAAUUUAUGCAUUCUCCGAGUGAGGCACAUAUGGGUGCGGUUGAACGCAUCCUACGGUACCUGAAGUCCUCACCGGGUAGAGGCAUCAUGUUUUCCAAGAAUGAUCAUUCCCGAAUAGAGGGUUACAAUGAUGCAGAUUGGGCAAGCAACGUUACCGAUCGUCGGUCUACAUCUGGUUACUUUACAUUUGUGGGAGGAAACUUAGUGACUUGGCGGAGUAAGAAACAGAAAGUGAUUGCUUUAUCAAGUGCAGAGGCGGAAUACAGGGGUAUGGCAAAAGGAGUAUGUGAACUAUUAUGA